AUGAAUCAUGGGUAUUUAGAUGUGAACCAACGAAUUAAUUAUCUACGUAGCAGUUUAUUAUAUACAGAAGACGAAAAUCGCAAGAACAAAACAAAUGUUUGGUUUAAUGUUCGUUUGGUUUUAAGAUUGUAUAAAUUUGAGUUUCAAUAUCACACUCAGUUGAAAGCUAAUGAACAGUCAUAG